AUGUUCUAUAGCCCUGCUCCCGGGGCAAUUUCUCUUUCAACUCCUAUCCUUACAACCACAUUACCAACCACCAUUUUACCUCUGUUUAAAGCAUUGGAUGUGGAUCAGACAGUAAUCAGUUCUUCUCAACAACCCAUCACUGAGAAUAUACUCCAACAAGUGACUGAGUCUGAUGCGUCUACCUUUGCUAACCCAUCAACAGUUGAGGAGGUUACACCCCUAGAGUUACAUGUAUCUUUUGGUGGUAGUUCAAGUGGAGCAGCUACUACAUGUGUUGAAUCCACUGAUUUACACUUGGAAAGUAGUUUCAUAAGUCAGACUCCUUUGAAGGCAAUUUCCUCCUUGGGAACCAAGGUAUCCACUGGUGUGUUCAAGCUAACAACAGGUGUGCUUACUAAGGUAACUACUGCUGAAGAAAGAAGUCCCCAGUACCAAGAAAAAGGGGCAGCAGUGGAUGAACCAUUGGAGACUUCUCCUGGUCCAACUGCUGAUACAACCAGUGCUGGUGGGAAAUCAAAUGAUCCCAUUAAAUUGGGUGAUGGUUUAAAAUAUCAGAAUUUGACGGAGAGAGUUACCAAUCUUGAAACAUCUGUGGCAGAUAUCAAAAAUAUGCUGCAACAGUUGUUACAAUCCUCAAAGUCUCGAUCCAUUGCUUCAUCAUCUACUACCACAACAAGUGAGCUAUGGCAACUUCUACAACCUUUGUUUCAUCAACAAAGAAAAUAUAAUGAUCAACAACAUCAAAUUCAGCUACAAAUGUUGAAAAAUGUGAUGGAAUCAAGGUAUAAGGAUACUCAAGCUGACAUUAAAGCCAUCAAAGCUCAUUUACUUCAAACCACUGGUACUUCUCCUCCUACUAUUGUCUAUGUAGAAAACCCUAAUGAUGCCAAAAAGGAGGCGAAAGGAAAGAAAGGAAAGGAUGGUUUGUAUCUAAAACCUGAUCCAAAGACUAAACCCGUUGUAGAAAUUCCAAGGCCAGAUGUGACUCUCAAUGCCUUUGCUGAACAAAAAGCAAAUAGAAAAGAGAAAAUGGAACGAAAGGCUGUUGAUACAUCAGUGGUUGAUACAUCACCUUCUGAAAUCCCAACAACUGUUGAGACACCUGUUAUAUCAACAGAUGUUGAGACACCUGUUAUAUCAACAGCUGUUGAUACAUCAGUGGUUUCAACAGUUGUUGUCACAACAAAUGUUGUUGUCACUUUACCAACCACCACUCAACCCACUUCCACACCUGCUAUAUCAACAGCUAUUGAUACAUCAGUGGUUGAUACAUCACCUUCUGAAAUCCCCAAUAGUUCCUCACCUCAAACCACAAAGCCAAUAGAUGAUGAGACACCUGUUAUAUCAACAGUUGUUGAUACAUCAGUCGUUGAUACAUCAACUUCUGAAAUCCUCAAAAGUUCCUCUCCUCAAACUAGCGGGCCAAUAGAUGUUGAGACACCUGUUAUAUCAACAACUGUUGCUGUUGAUACAUCAGUGGUUUCAACAGUUGUUGUCACAACAAAUGCUGUUGUCACUUUACCAACCACCACUCAAUCCACAAAUCCAACUCCAAGUUCAACACCUACAACCACACUAAAAAUCAAAAGAAGGAGGAUAACAAAUGUCAAACUUGAAGAUGACACUGUAGCUUCUCCACUUCCAAUAUCUUCACAACCUUUGAUCAUAUCAACUGUACAAAAACCUGCUUCAACUGCUUCAAUUCUAACCCCUGACCAAACUACUGACUUUGGUCCUUUGAGUGUAAAAUUUCCUCUGGAUCUUCCAGCAGUUAGGGAGGAGAUCAAAUCUUUCUAUUCUGAAGAUGAUCCUGAAAAGAGGAGUUUUCCAUCUCUUCAAGAGUAUCCUUUGCCAAAGAACAUUCAUGAAUACCUUCAAUUGGAAUUUAAACAAGCAGAGGAUAUCUCAAAAAGAGACACAAAAGGAAAAUCUGAUAAAGAAAUACAGAGAUAUCUGUAA